CUGCAAACCGGAGGUUUUGGAGCACUUAAAGAGCUGAGGAUAUCUUUGGGGGCUGUGAGAGCUUCCAAAGACUGAAAUUGAAAAUUGACCCUUCCCCGCCCCUUCGGGUGUCCCUCAACGGUGAGGGAGAUGAAGGUUCAGCGUCUGGAAGGCAGAGUUUCGGACUGUUCAAAGAACAAGCCCUUUUGUCUGCCUCACGACAGCUGUGCGCUGUUUUUUCACUACUCCCGUUUUACAGGGCAGAGAUUUUGAGGCGCAGCGACCUGCUGUACGACACAAAGCGGAGAUGGGAGGACCUGGACUAGAACACAAUCUUCUGACUUCCAGCCUGGACUUGCCUCCUGUUCUGGGGGUACCUGAGGAGGUCACUCUCCUAGCGGCAGAGCCACUGCUCAGCUAGGAACGAGACACCUCUGGCCGGGAGUGCUAGGACCUUAUCUCCUCUGCCGGGGCUAAGAAGCAGCCGAGGGUGCUGGACACAUGGUAGGCGCGUGGCUUGCGAGCCUGUGUUGAGGCUCCGCCCCUCGCUGAGAGGGGUUCCCGUGCUGUGACUGGCUGAUCGCUUCAGCGAGUGACGCAAUUGGCCCCCUGGCAGCCGUUGGAAUUUGAACUGCAUGUUGGUGGAUUAGCCCGCGCGGCGCCCGUUUCAGAGGCGGGCCUUGUUCUCAGCCUGCCGCGGAUUGGUCGGUUUCUCUGCUAACGUCAAAACAGUUCCGUUGAUAGCCGGUGAGCCAGUGGGAGAAGGAUGCCUCCCCAACUGUACGAGUUCCAUCUGCCCUUAUCCCCAGAGGACUUGUUGAAAAGUGGAGGUGUUAAUCAGUACGUUGUGCAAGAGGUAGUGUCCAUUAGACAUCUGCCCACCCAGCUUAAAGCAUUUCAGGCUGCCUUCCGAGCUCAGGGGCCCCUGGCUAUCCUGGAACACUUUGAUACUGUCUACAGCAUUUUACAUCACUUUCGAAGUAUAGAUCCUGGCCUCAAGGAAGAUGCUCUGGAAUUCCUGACAAAAGUGGUGUCCCACCACUCCCAGGAGCUUCCAGCCAUCCUUGAUGACGCAGCCCUGAGCGCAUCAGAUAGAAGUGCCCACCUCAAUGCCCUCAAGAUGAACUGCUAUGCCCUGAUACGCCUCUUGGAAUCCUUCGAGACGGUGGCCAGCCAGAAAAGCCUCAUGGACCUGGAUGUGGGAGGGAAGAAUAAGAAAUCCCGGAGCAAAGCAGCCCAUGGCUUUGACUGGGAAGAAGAGAGACAACCAAUUCUUCAGCUGUUAACACAGCUUCUCCAGUUGGACAUCCGUCACCUGUGGAACCAUUCAGUAAUUGAAGAGGAAUUUGUCAGUUUGGUUACUGGCUGCUGCUACCGCCUUCUGGAGAAUCCCACCAUCACUCACCAGAGGAACCGCCCCACCCGGGAAGCCGUGACGCACCUGCUGGGGGUGGCCUUGACACGAUACAACCACAUGCUCAGUGCCACUGUGAAGAUCAUCCAGAUGCUGCAGCACUUUGAGCACCUCGCACCUGUUCUGGUGGCAGCUGUGAGUCUCUGGGUGACAGAUUAUGGAAUGAAGAGCAUCGUGGGAGAGAUUGUAAGAGAGAUUGGACAGAAGUGUCCUCAGGAGCUGAGUCGGGAUGCACUGGGAGCCAAGGGCUUUGCCAGUUUCCUGACAGAGCUCGCAGAACGGGUCCCAGCAACCCUGCUCUCUAGCAUGUGCAUGCUGCUGGAUCAUCUGGACGGAGAGAAUUACAUGAUGCGCAAUGCCGUGCUGGCAGCCAUGACAGAGAUGGUGCUGCAGGUUCUGCACGGUGACCACCUGGAGGAAGCAGCUCGAGAGACCAGGGAUCAGUUUCUGGAUACCCUACAGGCCCAUGGCCACGAUGUCAGCUCCUUUGUCCGGAGCCGCGUCUUACAGCUCUUCACCAGAAUCGUCCAGCAGAAGGCACUCCCUCUGACGCGCUUCCAGGCUGUGGUGGCCUUAGCCGUGGGGCGUCUGGCAGACAAGUCUGUGCUCGUGUGCAAAAAUGCCAUCCAGCUGCUGGCCAGCUUCCUAGCCAACAAUCCCUUCUCCUGCAAGCUUAGUGACACUGACCUUGCUGGACCACUGCAGAAGGAAACCCAGAAAUUACAAGAGAUGAGGGCCCAGAGGCAGAGCGCAGCAGCUGCCUCAGUGGUGGAGCCCGAGGAGGAGUGGGAAGCGAUGCUGCCCGAGUUGAAGUCCACCCUGCAGCAGCUUCUAGAGCACCCCCAGGAGGAGGAGGAGAUUCCUGAGGAAAGCGCUGUUGCAGAGACCGCAGAAGAAGUGAAAGGACACAUCCGUCAGCUACUGGCCAAAGCUAGAUACAAGCAGGCCGUCAUUCUUGCUCGAGCAGCCACAGGCCACUUCCCGGAGUCUGAUCCCUUCAGGCAAACGGAGCCAGAGGGGUCGGAGGAGACCAGGUUCCUGAACCUCUUAGGAAUUAUCUUCAAAGGCCCAGCAGCUUCCACUCAGGGCUGCAAUGGGAGCAAGGUCCCAGGACAGACUGUUGCGACAGACACCCCCAGUGUGUCAGAGCCUGAGGGGUGCGGGGGCAGUGAUGAGCUGGUGAAGCAGGAGAUGCUGGUACAGUACCUGCAGGAUGCCUACAGCUUCUCCCGGAAGAUCUCAGAGGCCAUCGGCAUCAUUAGCAAGAUGAUGUAUGAAAACACGACUACAGUGGUACAGGAGGUGAUUGAGUUCUUCGUGAUGGUGUUCCAGUUCGGGGUACCCCAGGCUCUGUUUGGGGUGCGCCGAAUGCUGCCUCUCGUCUGGUCGAAGGAGCCUGGUGUCCGGGAAGCUGUGCUGAAUGCCUACCGCCAGCUCUACCUCAGCCCCAAAGGGGACUCGGCCAGAGCCAGGGCCCAGGCUUUGAUUCAGAAUCUGUCCUUGUUGCUGGUGGAUGCCUCGGUUGGGACCAUCCAGUGUCUCGAGGAAAUUCUCUGUGAGUUUGUUCAGAAGGAUGAGUUGAAACCGGCAGUGACUCAGCUGCUGUGGGAGCGGGCCACCGAGAAGGUGCCCUGCUCUGCCCUGGAGCGCUGUUCCUCUGUCAUGCUUCUGGGCAUGCUGGCACGAGGAAAACCAGAAAUCGUGGGAAGCAACUUAGACACACUGGUGAGCAUAGGGCUGGACAGGAAGUCUCCACCAGAUUACAGGCUGGCCCAGCAGGUGUGCCAGGCCAUCGCCAACAUCUCUGACAGGAGGAAGCCUUCCUUGGGCAGACGCCACCCUCCCUUCAGGCUGCCUCAGGAACAUGGGUUGUUUGAGCGACUCCGGGACAUGGUCACAGCAGGCUUUGCCCACCCAGACCCACUCUGGAUCCCAUUCAAGGAGGCAGCAGUGAGCCUCACCUACCAGCUGGCAGAGGGCCCCGAGGUGAUCUGUGCCCAGAUGUUGCAGGGCUGUGCCAGGCAGGCUCUGGAGAAGCUGGAGGACAAGAGCUUCAGCCAGGAGGACUCCAGGCAGACCGUGCCCAUGCUCCCCACCUUCCUCCUGAUGCACCUUCUGUCGCUGGCCGGGGACAUUGCCCUGCAGCAGCUGGUGCACCUGGAGCAGGCAGUGAGCGGAGAGCUCUGUCGGCGCCGGGUGCUUCAGGAGGAACAGGCGCACAAGACCAAAGAGCCCAAGGAGAAGAACUCAGGCUCUGAGACCACCAUGGAGGAGGAGCUGGGGCUGACUGGAGCCACUGCCGAUGACACGGAGGCAGAGCUCAUCCGUGGCAUCUGUGAGCUGGAACUGCUAGAGGGCAAACAGGUACUGGCUGCCUUUGUUCCUCUUUUGCUUAAAGUGUGCAACAACCCUGGGCUGUACAGCAACGCAGACCUCUGUGCAGCUGCCUCGCUAGCCCUCGGCAAGUUCUGCAUGAUCAGCACCACCUUCUGCGACUCCCAGCUCCGUCUUCUGUUCACCAUGCUAGAGAAGUCAUCGCUCCCCACUGUCCGCUCCAACCUCAUGGUUGCCACCGGGGAUCUGGCCAUCCGCUUCCCCAACCUGGUGGACCCCUGGACGCCUCAUCUGUACGCUCGCCUCCGGGAUCCAGCUAAGCAGGUGCGGAAGACAGCUGGGCUGGUGAUGACCCACCUGAUCCUGAAGGACAUGGUGAAGGUCAAGGGCCAGGUGAGCGAGAUGGCCGUGCUGCUUGUCGACCCUGAGCCUCAGAUUGCUGCGCUGGCCAGGAACUUCUUCAAUGAGCUCGCCCACAAGGGCAAUGCAAUCUACAACCUCCUCCCGGACAUCAUCAGCCGCCUGUCAGACCCCGAGGGUGGGGUGGAGGAGGAGCCUUUCCGCACCAUCAUGAAGCAGCUCCUCGCCUACAUCACCAAGGACAAGCAAAACGAGAGCCUGGUGGAGAAGCUGUGCCAGCGCUUCCGCACUGCCCGGACAGAUCGGCAGCACCGGGACCUGGCCUACUGUGUGUCGCAGCUGCCCCUUACGGAGCGAGGCCUCCACAAGAUGCUUGACAACUUCAACUGCUUUGGAGACAAACUGUCAGAUGAGUCCAUCUUCAGUGCUUUCUUGGCUGCUGUGGGCAAGCUGCGGCGUGGGGCCAAGCCUGAGGGCAGGGCUACAAUCGACGAGUUUGAGCAGAAGCUCCGCGCCUGUCACACACGAGGCCUGGACGCUACAGAGGCGCCUGAGCACCGAAGCCAGAGAGCCGCCCCGGUGGAGAAGCCUCACACAGGCUCAGGGUGGCAGCCUGUGGCGUCUGUAGGCUCCGACAGUGACUUCCUCACACCCGAGCUCCGCCGCACCACCCGUCGGCUUCCACGCACUCAGCAGCGCACCAAGAAGAAACCCAAGAUUGUCUUCUCAAGUGACGAUGAGUCCAGUGGGGAAGAGCUUUCAGCCGAGAUGACAGAAGAUGAGACACCCAGGAAAACAACACCCAUCCGCAGAGCCUCUGCCCGCAGGCCCAGGUCCUAAGCAGCCGGCUGCCCGCCCCAUGCCUGCUGUGCAAGGUCCAUGGGUGACCUGGACCCGGGUUCCACUCCCUGUAAAUACUUACUUGCCUGUCUCCUUGUUUUUAUUAACUGUGUCUUUAAAAUUCGAGGCAUUGCCCUUUAACAAGCUCCUUCUAAACCGAUCAGAGCUGCUCUCACUGUGCAGUAGUGGUUUGCCAGUCUCCUUAUUUCUACUGAAUAAAUGUUUUUAUACACUUUUGGA